CAAACACGUCAACAUUUUUGAACUUGGUCAUGCUAAUUACUGUAGAAUGCCGCCACAGCCACACAAAAUUAUAGCACUGAUUUUUUUGUUAAUUUUCUUUUUGACGAACAGCACCGCCCUGCUUUCUGGGUACAUCAAGCCUCUUCCGACUAAUGCGGCUAAUAUCGCGCAACAGCUAAACGAGACAACCGAUGAGAAAGCAAGUGUGCUGACGUUUUUCGGUGCUUUUCCUACCAAUGGCAGCUUAUUCUAUCGCCUGGAGCUAGUACGUCCUGCUCUGGACUAUGCACUGGACCUUGUUAGAAAUACCACGUUUCCUGGAGAUAGUUUUGAAUUUCAAUACAUCGGAACGGACGUCAACGAGAUGGACGCGUGUGACGCUGUUGACAAUUUAAUUGUUUACAAAACUAUCGACCACGUGACACAGCUACGAGUUUUGUCCACUGUCCUGGAGGGACCACCAAUUUUACCUGUGGGCUAUUUCGGGCCUGGAUGUUAUUUUGGAGUGCGGGACAUGGCGAAGUGGUUAAACGUUGUCAAUCAUAUCCUUUUUGACGCGUUUGCUUCAAGCACAGAAUUAUCUAACAAAACCGCAUUCCGUACCUUGAUAAGAACUGGAUACACGGACGAGAGACUUCUGGAAUUUUAUCAAAAUAUCCUUAAUUAUUUCGGUUGGAGUAAUGUCACCAUAUUUUAUCAAAGAGAUGAUCCUGUAUGGCGAGCAAUAUAUAACUCGGUUAGCAGUCUUACUGUACAACAUGAGGCGUUUUGCGACCUGAAUGCGCGUGGAAGCUAUAACUUGCGUCGUCUGCUGGAAGACAUUGCAUACAAUUCAACAGCCAUUCUUGUCUUCGGCAACAUGGAAUGCGUGCAAGAGCUGCUUAUAGAAGCUGUCAAUUUGAAUCUCACUGUCGGAAAUCAAAUGACUUUUGUAAUAAAUCGGUUCUUCAAAGCUCGCUAUUGGGGAUCACUGCCUUUGGAUGGGGAUGACCAGAUCGAUAUCAUUGCCGCGAAUCUAACAGAAGACUACAAGGAGAACCUGAGACAAGCUUAUAACAGGUCACUCGUGGUCAGCUAUUACUACAACUCAACUAUUCGAAAUGGAAUGGCGGCCCUCAACGAAGUUUUAAUAGAUUACGUUUCCCAAAAAUAUCCAAAUUAUACUCAUUAUGAAGAAGUUAUAAAAAAGGAAGGGAUAAAUCCCGUUGUAUUAUCCUACUACUAUGGAGUCUUCAUGUACGCCAAAGCCGUCCAGAGCUUAAUAAAUGCAUCAGGUGCAAAUUAUCGCAUAAGCAAGGAGGACAGAUUUCGUUUGUACGACGACGGGAAACUAAUCGCCGAGGAAAUUCGCCGCAUAAGGAGCUUUGAUAUCCCCCAUAUUGGAACAAUAACGCUGAACGAAAAUGGAGAUUUCCCUGGGCAGUUUUCUUUAAAAGUUUAUGAUCAAGAGAGACACACUUUUCGAACGUGGGCUGCUUUUGAGACUUUUAAUCAAGAAAUGCAGAUUAUUCAUCAUCAGUAUGAUUUUGAUGCAGCCGAAAGUCCGUUGCGACGGCCCAGUAUGCCUGGACCAACCGAAGAUCAAGAAGACUACGCAACGGCAGUGUCACAAGUGACAAUCCUGAUUGGCGCGGCGGCAGUCGUCGUUUUUGUUAUCGCUUGUUCAGGUCUCGUUAUACGAUAUUACGUCAACAAAACUCUUUUGGCAAAUCGGUGGUGGGACAUCAAACCCCAGGAAUUGACUCCUUGUCAAAACGAAGAAAUGCCACGCAUAGAACACGAUGAAUCAACUACAAAUCUCGAUGCAGUGACGCUGGCCACAAUCGGGACAUUUCGCUCAGUGUUUUCUUCGGUCCAUCACAACGACGUUCAUUCAGCCUAUUACAAAAAUCGCCAUGUUGCGACCAGAAUCGUAAGGAAAAAACUGAGCAUACACAACGAAGAACUCCUGGAACUGCGCGAUGUCCGCGUACAUCACCAUGAUAACUUACUGCGUCUUUAUGGUGUCGUUAUUGAACCUGGCCAGUACACCAUCGUUCAAGAGUAUUCCGCACGAGGCACUUUAGCGGAUUUCUUGGUAAAGGAUUCCUCAACCCAAUCGUCUGACUGGGCGUUCAGAUAUUCAUUACUUCAUGACCUUUUUGAGGCAGUGAUAUACAUUCAUAAACUCUUCGGAUAUCACGGUCGUUUGUCAAGCCUGAACUGCAUGAUCGAUCGAACCUUUGUCCUUAAAGUUCGCGAUUAUGCACCGAAAUUUCUACAAACACCCUUUGAGGAAUUGGACCAGUGGGACCUGUUUUGGACAGCUCCAGAGAUUUUGCGGCACAAAAAAGUAAAUAAACUGGACCUUCAACGGGCUGACAUCUACAGUAUUGGGAUAAUACUUCAAGAGAUUGCUAUGGAGGGACCUCCGUAUCCCAAUACAGAAAAUUCCGAUUUUAUACUCCCAGCUUCACAAAUCAUUAACUGGGUACGGAACGGCGUGGACCCGCUUUUCCGGCCGGUGGUACCGCCGGAAGCCACUUGUCCAAGUCGUUAUCGGGCUAUGAUGGAGUCAUGCUGGAGCGAGAAUCCCAUUGCCAGGCCUACUGUUCUUGAGUUAAAAGCUCGCCUAAGGCAUAUCCGGGGAAAUGUGAAAGGGACAUUGAUAGAUGACCUUUUUCAGCGAGUGCAGAGUCAUGCUGAUCAGCUGCAGAAAACUGUUGACGAGCGUACGCUACAGCUUCGUGAAGAGCAAAGCAAAAUUCAGGGAUUACUUUACGAAUUACUUCCGCCGUCUGUGGCUGAUCGUCUAAUAACAACUAGAAAGGUUGACCCUGAACCCUUUGAAUGUGUUACAAUAUAUUUUUCGGAUAUUGUGUCCUUCACAACUAUUGCCGCAGAAAGCACACCGGAUCAGGUUGUACAUAUGCUGAAUCUCUUGUAUCAGUUAUUUGACAGCGUUAUCGAAAAUUACGACGCGUACAAGGUGGAAACAAUUGGAGAUGCCUAUAUGGUAGUUAGUGGCCUACCAAAUCGAAACGGAAAUAAACAUGCCACGAUUUGCUCCCUGCUGGCACUCAAUAUCCUCCACGUAUCACGGGAAUUCCGAAUACCUCACAGACAGUAUGAGAUGCUGGAGAUUCGUAUUGGAAUACACUCUGGACCUUGCGUUGCCGGAGUAGUGGGAACAAAAAUGCCAAGAUAUUGCCUUUUUGGUGAUACUGUCAAUACCGCUAGCAGGAUGGAAAGCACGAGCGAAGCCAACCGCAUACAGCUCAGUCCCGCCACUUAUGAGCUUAUAAAAUCGAAGAACAUGUUUACGGUCAUGUCACGUGGAGAAAUAAACGUGAAAGGAAAAGGUGCAAUGGAAACCUACUGGUUGACAGGAGGACCCCUGGACCAGCCAUUUCCUAAGCGCUCAAACACUAUAUCCAGUUCUUACUUCGUUAAUACAAUGCGGGGAACACUGCGCCGAUCCCGUAAAGCGGAAGCCGGUAAAAGGUUAUCCUUAGCGUCUAUAAGUGAUUUGUGAUUCAGAGCUUAUGUCCUUAUUUGCCAUUUAUUUCUUUUGCUUACUCAAUAUCUUUCUCGCUUUCUCAAUAGAACGAGUGCGUAUUAGAAGCAUUUCGAUAAAACCAUAACACGAUGACUCUAAUAGUCUUUUAAAUGUUAUAAAUUUUAUAUCUGUAGUGCUAUCGCAUGUGCUCUGGUUGUUCUUGCCAAUCAUUAAAAACGUUUCAUUUCUAUCACA